UACUGGCUGACCACCGCUUUCAUUUGCAGAGGCCUUACUCCUCCUGACGCUGAAAUGCUGUAUAUGCAGGAAGUAGAGAGGAUGGAGGGCUACGGUGAAGAGACCUAUCCUGCAAAGGACAGCCAAGGAAGUGAUAUAUUCAUUGGUGCAUGUCUUGAUGGUAUCUUUGUGAAACACAAAAAUGGCCGUCCUCCUGUUGUAUUUAGGUGGCAUGAUAUUGCCAACAUGUCCCACAACAAAUCCUUUUUUGCAUUAGAGCUGGCAAACAAAGAAGAGACAAUCCAAUUCCAAACUGAAGAUAUGGAAACAGCAAAAUAUGUGUGGAGGAUGUGUGUGGCUAGACACAAAUUUUACAGACUAAAUAAAUGCAGCCUACAAACCCAGCCUGUUACAGUGAAUCCUGUUAGGAGGCGGUCUUCGUCCAGGAUGUCUAUGCCCAAGCCUCAGCCUUACAUGAUGCCUCCACCACCUCAGCUGCAUUACAAUGGUCAUUAUACUGAACCGUAUGCAUCCUCCCAAGAUAACCUGUUUGUGAGCAAUCAGAAUGGAUUCUACUGUCAUUCUCAGACUAGCUUGGAUAGAGCCCCUCACGACUACAGUGGUCGGAUCCGCAACGGUAGUGUCUACAGUGCACAUAGCACAAACUCCUUGAACAAUCCUCAGCAUUACCUGCAGCCGUCCCCCAUGUCCUCUAACCCAAGCAUUACUGGGAGCGAUGUCCUCAGGCCUGAUUAUGUCCCAUCACACAGACACAGCGCACUGAUCCCGCCUUCGUAUCGUCCCACGCCAGACUAUGAAACUGUGAUGAGACAGCUCAACAGGGGGAUGGUGCACACAGACAGGCAGAGUCAUUCAAUGAGAAACCUUAACAUCAGCAAUUCGUACGCUUACAGCAGGCCCGAUGCUUUGGUUUACAGCCAGCCUGAAAUACGUGAGCACGCUCACUUCGCUUCCCCACAGGCCAGCCAUUACCCCUUCAGCCUGAACUACAGCUUUCACAGCCAAGCCCCCUACCCCUAUCCCGCGGAGAAGCGCCCGGUCGUCGGGGCAGUCAGUGUGCCCGAGCUGACGAACGUGCAGCUCCAGGCUCAGGACUACCCGGCACCAAAUAUAAUGAAGACCCAAGUCUAUCGACCACCUCCCCCAUACCCAUACCCAAGACCUGCAAAUAGUACUCCAGACCUGUCAAGACACAUCUACAUUAGCAGCAGCAAUCCAGACCUUAUCACAAGGCGCGUGCACCAUUCUGUCCAGACAUUUCAGGAAGACAGCCUGCCUGUGGCACACUCUCUUCAGGAAGUCAGCGAACCUCUAACGUCGGCACGCCAUGCUCAGCUGCAGAAGAGGAACAGCAUUGAGAUAGCAGGCUUGACUCCCAGCUUUGAAGGAAUGAGAAUUAAAGAAAGGACCAUGUCGGCUUCUGCAGCAGAUGUGGCUCUUCCCAGAGUCAUCUCAGAAGGAUCACAGCCCAACAUUCUCAUGGAGAGAACAAAACAAAAAGAAAGUGAGCAAGAAGGUGUGAACUGUGAUCAUAAGAAAACCCUUUCAGAUGCUACUAUGCUGAUUCACAGUAGUGAGGAAGAGGAAGAAUUUGAAGAAGAAAACAAGGCUACUACAGGUCUUUCUCCUCUCCCUGAAGAUCAAACCCAACUUUCAUCCAUUAUGGGGGGUUAUCCUCAUGAUUCAGUACUGAACUACCCUUAUAGCUCCGUGGCUUCAUCUGCUGGCCCUUUGCAUAUUCUCGAGCCUAAAUUACAUAUUACAGAGACAGAAAAGAGAAUGAAAGAUAUGUGCCCUUCUCAUUUACUAGCAGAAAGCCAGGUACAGAGAAGAGAAGGACUGCUUACUCCAUCGAUGUCAGAAUCUGAUCUUACAACAUCAGGGAGUUACAGAGUAAGGAAAGAUUCAGUGAAGAAGAGGCCUGUGUCCGAUCUUUUGUCUGGGAAGAAGAAUAUUGUGGAAGGACUUCCUCCGCUCGGU